CAGCCCUCAUAAUGUAAAAAUUGUUAACAUGAAGCACAUUCAGGCAAUGUGUUGUAAUCAUUUGGCUCGUCCUCAUUCUGGCUAGUGUGCUAUUUAAAACAUUUUUCAGUUUGUAGGUCAGUGAUAACUACAAUCUACAACACAUGAGAGGCCAACUAGCAAAUAUAUAAAUGUAGCUCUCGCUAUGGAACAAUCAGUUUAUAUUGCUGCUGAAUGUAAACUUGUCAUGAAAUCACGUAAGAAGCUCCUGCAAUUUCGAAAUUGUCACAUACUGCGUGACCAUGCAAUCAUUAGGGAAGAUUUUUGGGUGCGAGAUGGAAAAAUUGUGGACCCUGAGAAAAACGAGAAAAUUAAUGCAGAUGUACAAAUCGAUUGUAAAGGGGCUUUGAUAUCACCUGGUUUCCUAGAUUUACAAAUAAACGGUGGCUUUGGCAUUGACUUCUCGUACAACAAUGAUGAUGUUGAAGCAGGUAUACACAAAGUGGCAAAGGGACUUCUGGCACAUGGUGUCACAGCUUUCUGUCCAACGCUUGUCACAUCACCACCUUACGUGUACCUCAAGGUAUUGCCAUUGCUCAAGAAACGGCCUGGUGGACCGGAAGGUGCAGCCAUUCUUGGUGCUCAUUUGGAAGGACCAUUCAUCAAUGUGAACAAGAAAGGUGCCCAUCCUGCUCAGUACAUCCAAAAUAUGGAUAAAGGUUUGAAAUCUCUUCAAGAUGUUUAUGGAUCUAUGGAAAAUGUGAGAAUUAUAACCUUGGCACCUGAGUUGAAUAAUGCUGUGGAAGUAAUAGAAGAAUUAACACACAGAGGAAUUACUGUAUCUCUAGGACAUUCUAUGGCCAGUUUAAGUGAAAGUGAGACUGGAGUCAAACAUGGAGCCACAUUUGUAACACACUUAUUCAAUGCUAUGCCACCAUUUCAUCAUAGGGAUCCAGGCCUCGUAGGUCUGCUUGGAUCCGACAUCAAUCGGAGUGACAGACACAAGGUUUUUUAUGGUAUCAUUUCUGAUGGAAUCCACACUCAUCCAGCAGCACUGCGCAUAGCUCAUUGUACACACCCGAAUGGUUUAGUGCUGGUAACAGAUGCCAUCUCAGCACUUGGAUUGGAAGAAGGAACGCACCAGCUCGGGCAGUUUGCCAUUGAAGUGAAAGGUGGAUGUGCUGUGGUGGCGGGCACUAAGACUCUCUGUGGCAGCAUUGCAAACAUGAACCAGUGUAUCCAGUUUUUCAGGAACGCUACAUCGUGUUCCAUGGUGACUGCCCUAGAAGCUGCUACCCUUCAUCCUGCGCAAGCAAUUGGCAUUCAUGACAGAAAGGGAACUCUGAUAUUCGGAGCAGAUGCAGAUUUUGUCUUCUUGGGUGAAAACCUGAAGAGUGAACUGUUGCAUCUGUUCCACAAGAGAGAUGCGAAAGAGCGUGUAAAAUGCCAGGAGUGCGAAAUGGGGCUGUGUGUAGGUGUAUCGAAGUGUACCACAAAGAAUUCAAACUGUGAUGUAUUAGGGAGUGCUCGGAGGCUUCGACGCUACAAACCAUCUUCCAAGCAGUAUUAUCCACACGGUUUCAAGCAUCAAAUCAAUUUGCGUCAACAGGAUGACACAUUACAAAAACUGUACAAGGGCAGCACAAAACACAAAAUGAUCGAAAUGGCCACGUGUUAGAAUGCACAUAAUCGGUUAUGUUGUCCCAAAAGUUCACUUUAUGUAGCACAGGGUCUUUAAAUGUCCUAUGUGGCCAAAGUCUAGGCAACCUAUUCACUCGCCCUAUUACUGGUUUUAAAAUGAUAAGUCUCUAGCAGGACAUUCAACUAUGAACAAACAAAAAUACCACAUUCACAAUAAUCAGUACUUAGGAGUCUGACAAUGUUUCUGCUACUCACUAGGAAGCACAAUUAAAAAUAAAUGCAUUACACAUUCCAGCAAC